AUGGAUGUGAGUGUAGUAACCAAUGAGAAAAACGAAAUAUCGAAAGACCCGUUACCCCCUGCGGACGAGUCGAGACUUGUCGAUUUAGUCAAGAUGAUGGACAAAGGUCAAGCCGACCGGGUCUAUGCUGAAUUGACGACUUCAUUUCCUAUAUGGAUAGGGAAAAGUGUUCGGAGUUGUGUUCUCCUUUUCAAAGCGAUUGAGAUGGGGUAUUUGACCUUAGUGGAAACUAUUCUUCACCACGCGCCCAACUUCCUUGAAAUUACUGACGCACGAGGAAACACCCCUUUUCUGUAUGCGAUAGGUGCCGGUCAUUUUGAAAUAGCGCAAUUUUUCCAAGAGAAAGGGUGUAAUGUGACUGUGGUCAAUAGUUUGGAGGAGAAUGGCCUUCAUCGGAUGGCGGGAGUUCGCGUCCAUAAGAAAGACGUUUCCUUUGUGAAUUCGCUCAUCAAUGCGUUGACGGAAAAAAAGAUGAAAGAGACGGGGGCGGACCAAAAAAGCGCGAGAGGAGUUGAUGGGAAGAAUUUGAUAGGGGAGACUCCACUGCACACUGCUGUGAAAGAAGACAACGUGAAAUUGGCCGAAAUAUUAAUUGGGUGUGGAGCGGAUCCGACGGUGUUAAAUAAUGAUGGGAUUAGUCCCGUUGUAUAUGCGGAAGCGAAUGACGAGCGAUGUGCAAAAUUGUUCAGAGAGAGUGUAGCGGUCCAAGCGGCUAUUAAAUACGCACAAACGAAUAAAGAUCAGCUACCGAAGAACCACCGAGGGCUGAAAGGGUUUUCAUUAAUUGAUUCGAUCGAUGACAGUGAGAAUGACAUGAAAGAGGAAGGGAAAGAAGAGAAAGACAAAGACAAAGACAAGUUCAAAAUCCCGUUUUUGAAGAGUAAAAUAGAGAAGUAUGAAAUGUGUAUUGACAAGCUCUUGCAAGACAACAAGCCGAUGAAAGAGUAUAUGUUAGGACAACGUGUAGUUGGGGAGAACAAAUUCCGCAUAUUGUCGUUGGACGGGUGUGGCGUGAAAGUCAUAUUGCAACUGCUGAUAUUGAAACGGAUUGUGGAGAAGUUCCCACACUUUUUGGAUAACGUCGAUAUGAUUUGUUCGGUGGGGACGAGUACUUUACCGGUGUUGAUGUCAUUAGUAGGGUUUGAUAUAGACAGUAUGAUAACUAUUACUGAGAAGACGAUGAUAAAAGUGUUUUCGACGACGUCACACAAAGGGGGAGUUUUGUCGUACAAAUACUCGAGUAAGUUUGUGAGGAUCUUAUCGUCCAAAAUCUUUCAAGAUAAGAAAUUGAAGGACUUGAAGAGGGAAGUUGUCAUUCCUGUUAUUAAAAUAGAUUCUGGUGUUGACGACCCGAAUCGGAGAAUGAUACCUGUGUUAAUGAAUAAUAUAGUGUUUGAGAAAACUAAUACUGAUGUGGACGAUUCAGUCAUUAAUGCGGACGAUUUACUCUCCGAUGUGGUGAUGAGGUCGUUUGCAACACCCGGAUUUUUCACAUGUCACCAAUCGUACGUCGACGGUUCUUUUUUGAUCAAUCAACCCUUCGCAGCAGCUAAAGCGUUUUAUGACCCAAAAGAGAGUGUUGUUCUCAGCUUGAGUGGAGGGACUUUUAAGACGUAUUUCGACUCUGAAAAAUUCAUGGGUGCUGGGUAUGUACAAUGGGCGACCUGUGUAACAGAGUUGUUUAGGACAGCGGGAAUAGCGUUGGCUGAUGAAUUUGCCAAAGUGAUGUUUGGAGAGCGCGCGUGGCGAAUAGAUCCCAAAUUGCCAUGUGAAAUCGACGAUGACUCCUUUAAAGAUAUAGAAUUGCUCAAAACAGUUGCAACUAAAGUCGACCUUACACAGACAGAGGAAUGGAUUUUACAGAAUUGGUAA